AUGGAGAAGGAGAAGAAGAAUGGAGUUCUUCAUGUGGUGGUGUUUCCAUGGCUGGCCAUGGGCCACCUCAUACCCUUCUUCCGUCUCUCCAAGCUCAUAGCUCAAAAGGGUCACACUGUUUCUUUCAUCUCCACCCCAAGAAACAUUCUCAGACUUCCCAAAAUACCAUCACACCUCUCUUCUCUCAUCAAUCUCGUUUCCCUCCCUUUGCCCCGCUUGGACAACCUCCCAAACGACGCCGAAUCGUCCGCGGACGUGCCGUACAGCAAGCAGCAAUUGCUGAAAAGGGCCUUCGAUUUGCUGGAAUCGCCGUUGACCGAUUUCCUGGGGUCCCUAGAGUCAAAGCCUGAUUGGGUUAUUUACGAUUAUGCCUCUCACUGGCUUCCCCCAGUCGCGGCCAGGUUCGACAUCUCACGCGCCUUCUUCAGCUGCUUCAGCGCCGCGUGUUUGGCGUACAUUGGUCCGCCGGCGCCUUUGGUCAACGGCCAGGAUUUCAGGACCAAUGCUGAGGAUUUCACCUUGGUUCCCGAGUGGGUCCCAUUCGAGUCUGACAUGGCGUACCGGCUUCACGAGAUUGCUAAGCAUUUACAACGUUCAAGUGAGAACGAGUCCGUGACACCCGAUACGGUGCGUUUCGGGUUUGCGAUUAAUGAGAGUGAAGUUGUGUUCGUUAGAAGCUCGGAUGAGUUUGAGCCCGAGUGGGUCAAUUUGCUUAGAGAGAUUUAUGGGAAGGGAAAACCAGUUGUUCCUAUUGGGUUUUUACCCCCACUAAUAGAUGAGCAAGUGGAUGAAUUCGAUACAAAUUGGGUUGGUAUCAAAGAGUGGCUUGACAAGCAACGAGUCAACUCAGUGAUCUACAUUGCAGUCGGGACCGAGGCAACAUUGAGUCAAGAAGAACUCACUGAGUUGGCUCUCGGGCUGGAGCUAUCUGGAGUACCGUUCUUUUGGGUGUUGAGAAACCCACCUGAGUCAACUCAGUCCGUGUUUGAGAUGUUACCACAUGGGUUCGUGGAACGAGUCGAGGGUCGUGGAGUGGUACAUUUGGGGUGGGCUCCACAAGUGCGGAUACUGAGUCAUGACUCGGUGGGUGGAUUCUUGACUCACUGUGGUUGGAACUCGAUGAUUGAAGGGCUCGGGUUCGGGCGGGUUUUGAUCCUAUUCCCCAUGGUGAAUGAUCAAGGGCUUAAUGCUAGGUUAGGGAAUAAUAAGGGACUUGGGGUGGAGAUACCUAGAAUUGCACAAGACGGGUCAUUUACGCGUGACUUGGUGGCUAAGCUUGUAAGGUUCGCAAUGGUGGCGGACUCGGGUGAGUCACUAAGAAUUAGGGCCAAGGAAAUGAAGGGGUUGUUUGGAGACAGAAAUAGGAACAAUCAAAUAGCGGAUGAAUUCAUACGCUUUCUUGAGGAGAACAGCCCACCAAGGUUGACAAUUUAG